GCUUGCCCAGCUCCUCUUACUAGCCACUCCUGUUAGAGGUUUAUUGUCUAGGUAGGUGAUUGCCAGGAACAAAUCAUUAACUAGCUGCAGUCAACAACCUCCUAUGUUUCCCUGACAGAAUAAACUGUACUUCCUCCUCGAUUCACACCUUCAAGUCUAUGUGAGCGUUAUUGGUGUUUGGGAGUGCUGCUGCUCUGAAGAUGGAUCGUUUUGAGGAAGGAAUUGAAGUAGACCCCACUCAUCCUCUGGGGACAGGAUUAUCAUGGCAGAGGCAAGAAUCCCCUGAUUUAAACCAGUUUCCAAAUAGUUCAUCUCUCCGUUACCGUGGCAAUGAAGCUCCGGAGAAGAAUGCUGUGCCACGAGAGACACUGUAUCAAAACUGGAUGGAUGAAUUGCUGCAGGAUGAGAACAAGUCUAUAAAAGAACUAUAUUGCCCCAUGAAAACUAAGAGGGAAUUAAGGAAAAAACAAGAAAGGAUGAUUGCAAAGAAGACUGGAUGGCAGUCCUGGAAAGAAGACAGGCAGAGAUCUUUUAGAAAGUUUAAGAGCGAAACAUCUGAGACUUUACAAUACUUGGAAGUCUGGAGAAGCACAUUACAAAGUAUUGAAGGACACUUUGGGACAGGCAUUGAGUCAUAUUUCAGCUUUCUCAGAUUCCUGGUUUUAAUGAAUUUUGUCACCUUCCUCCUUGUGGGAGGUUUCAUUGUCCUCCCCAGCAUUAUAUUUAAUGAAUUACCUCCGAAAAGCAUAAAUGCUACCACUGCCACAACUGACUCGACAACAGGAAAUAUUAGUGUGUGUCUCAACUACAAUCCAAAUGAGCAAGGAUUAGUGUUUUAUUAUACUUUCAUCAUCGAUAUCCUGAUGGGAACGGGAUUCAUGGAGUUCACAUACAUGUUUUAUGGUUAUUAUAAGAAUACAUCAGUGAAUCUGGUUGGCUUUUUCUACAACAUUCCCUUGGCGUAUCUAAUAACCACAGUGAUUUACUUUCUACUGAGCCUGGUGUGGAUGGUUAUCCGAUCUGUGAAUGGCUUCAAGCAAAGUCUUGUAACGGAAGAUGCCGCAAUGAGCAACUACACCAAUAAAGUGUUUGCUGGAUGGGAUUUCUGUAUGAAGGACCCCAAAAUCCUAAGGCAAAAGCAAACCAGCAUCUUAUAUGAGUUAAAGAUUGACCUUGAAGAAGAUAAAAUGAGACGUAUUCAUGCUGAACGCACCAUGUCACAGCGAGCAGGGAUUUAUAUUCUUCGUAUCGUACUCAACUUCUUGAUCAUGUGUUUGAUUGGAGCAGCUUUCUACUGCAUCUACCUUUCUACUACAACCUCACAAAGUUUGCUACAAGACAAUGAAAUUAAAGGUAACUUUAUACGGGAGCUACUUGUCGGAUAUUUGCCGUCUAUUGUUAUCACAGCUGCAAACAUUAUUCUUCCUAUUGUCUUCAAUAUUAUCAUCACAUUUGAGAAGCACACACUGAACUGGCAAAUCAGACUUACUCUAAUCAGAAGUGUAUUCCUUCGCCUGGCUAGUCUGGGGAUGCUGCUUUACUCUCUUUGGGACAAUAUCACCUGUAGCGGGAAUAUAGAGGAUUCCAGUUGCAAAACCUGUGGAUACAACUCUAGUUUAUACAAAUGCUGGGAGACCCGUAUAGGACAGGAGAUGUACAAGCUGAUGAUUUUUGACUUCUUGACUGUGUUGGUUGUCAUUUUACUAGUGGAUUUCCCUCGAAAAUUGAUGGUUGAUCACUGCUCGUGCAAGCUUAUCCAACUAUGGGGACAGCAGGAGUUUUUGGUCCCACAGUUUGUUCUGGAUAUUAUCUACGGACAGACAGUCUGCUGGAUUGGAAUUUUUUUUUGCCCUCUGCUUUCUCUUCUCAACACUAUCAAGUAUUUUAUCAUAUUUUAUAUGAAGAAGUUGACACUUUUUACCAACUGCCGUCCUGCCGAACGAGCGUUUCGAUCUUCAAGUGCAAACUUCUUUUUCCUAUUGGUGCUCCUUUUGGGUCUGGCUUUAUCUUGGGUGCCAGUCUUGUAUAGUAUAUUUGUCAUUAAACCUUCAGCAGCAUGUGGACCAUUCCGGGGUCAGCAGACCAUCUGGGAAACAAUCCCUUCAGUGGUAAACGCUUUUCCUCAAGCCGCAGAUGAAUUCUUUGUGUUUAUUGGCUCGCAGGCAUUUGUGAUCCCUUUAUUUUUAGCAUCGUGCAUUUUGAUGUUCUACCUCAUGGCACUGAGCAGCUCAUAUGGGAAACUUGUGAAUAUGUUGAAGGAUCAACUGCAAAUGGAAAGAAGCCGAAAAAUGUUUUUAAGUCAAGUAAACUAAUGAUGUUACAAAAGCCAAAAAUAAAUUUUAUUACUGUACUGGGUGAUAUUUUUAACCAUAUUUAUUACUGUCCCAGGUGAUAUUUUUAACCAUAUAACGUGUCUUAUGCCAAAGAACUGCUAUUAUCAUUGUUGAUGACUUUUCUUUUACAAAUCAGUCAAGAAGAAAAAG